UUUCUCUUAAAAUUUCUUAUUAAUUACGCAUCGUUUAAUUUUCUCUUUCUGUAUGUAGGUAAACAGGAAUAGCCUACUGCAGGAGUAGCCCACUGUAGUUGCUUCCUUGGCUAGCGAUUUUUGUUAAUGUAAGAUAGCUAACGUUACACAGCUAGUGCCAGCUAUUGCAAAAAAAGGCAGGUAGCGAGCUCGCUGGUUACGAUAAAGAAACCAGUAUCGGGAAAAGCAAAAAUUAAACGCUAAACAGACAGCGAACGCGAGAAAUGGCGACCGAGGUGGAAGCGUGGAACGCACAUGAUGGCGUGUUCUCCUUCGAGAGUGGGCUGGGGGAGGAGGCGGGCAGCUACAGCGACGAGGGGGAGGAGCUGAACGAGGUGGCGGCCAACGGGAGCUGGACGCCGCAGGAGAAGGCCCUCCACGAGGCGCGGCUGAAGGCCAAGGCCAGACGCCGCCUGCGUCGCACCUCCUCCCGCGACUCCGCCCGCGAGUCGCUCUCCGAGGCCCCCGGCGACGCCGGCGCCGACCCGCACAGCCCCAAGGGCAAGAUCAACGGCCAUGAUCGCAAGUCUCGGAUGGGCAAGGGGCGGGGCCUGCCCAAAAAAGGUGGAGCUGGUGGGAAAGGGGUGUGGGGCGUGGCGGGGCAGGUCUAUGAGGUGGAGGAGCCCGACAUCAGGGACCCCAACUACGACGAGUCUUCCCAGGGAGACACGGUUUACGCCACCGUGGUGCCCGAACUGGACGAGGGUGAGCUGGAGAAGACCGUCAACCCCAUCGUGCAGGAGUACUUUGAGCACGGAGACACGAAGGAGGUACAGAUGCUGCUGAAGGAGCUGAACCUUGGCCAUAAGAAGUACGAGUUCUCCUCGCUGGCGGUGUCCCUGUCCCUGGAGGGGAAGGCCAGCCAUCGCGAGCUGACCUCACGGCUACUGUCGGACCUGGCCGGCAGGGUGCUGUCCCAGGACGACAUGGCGCGCGCCUUCGACAAGACGCUGAAGGACCUGCCGGACCUCAUCCUGGACACACCUGACGCCCCACAGAUGCUGGGUCAGUUCAUCGCACGGGCCAUCGCUGACCACGCCCUCCCUAUGGGCUUCCUGGGCCGCUACAAGGGCAGGGUGGACUGCGAUCACGCCAGGGCGGCGCUUGACCGGGCAGCUGUGUUGCUGUCCAUGAAGAGAGAGAUGGUGCGAUUGGACAACGUCUGGGGCGUGGGCGGCGGCCAGAGACCUGUCAGGCACCUCAUCAAAGAGAUGAACCUACUGCUGAAGGAGUACCUCACCUCGGGCGAGGUGUCGGAGGCGGAGCAUUGUCUGCGAGACCUCGAAGUCCCACACUUCCACCACGAACUCGUCUACGAGGCUGUUGUCAUGGUUCUGGAGUCCAAAGGGGAGACGGCAGUCAAAAUGAUGGUGAAGCUCCUGCAGGCCUUCUGGAAGACAGGCCUCAUCACCCUGGACCAGAUGAACAGGGGUUUCCAGCGUGUUUACGAGGAGCUGCCCGAGAUAAACUUGGAUGUCCCCCACGCCCACACCAUCCUAGAGAGCUUCGUGGACCUGUGCUACCAAGAGUCUGUCAUCACCAAACAGCUGCGAGACGCCUGCCCCUCCAGGGGGCGCAAACGCUUUGUGAGCGAGGGCGAUGGAGGCCUGAUUAAGAACUAGAGAAGAACAGCGGCACACUGGUGUCCCCCCCCUCUUCCUCUUCUCCUAGGUGUCCCUAGCCCCCUCCCCCCACCCUGGCCUUCCAUCAGC